AUGUACUGGUGCGUGGGAACUGAGGAAUCCGCUGUUAGCAGAGAGUGCAACAUGGAGCCCCAAAAUGGUACUGUGGACAUGGGUGGCAAACAGUCCACAGUUGGCGACGUCUCCGUAGGUCACUUCCCUGUGAUAGGAAGCAUUCAGGAUGCUUACAAAAGUGGAGACACCAAUAAGGCCCAAGAGCUGAUUAAAUUCUCAUGUGAGGAGAACAUAUUACAAGCGGAAAAGUGCCAACUUUUGAGUAUUGCAUCAGCAUAUGGAGAUCUGCAUGCAGUGAGGUAUUUACUCAAGGAAGCGUUGGUGGGGUUACCAACGGAACCCAAUGAUGAUAAUCCGGCUGUGGUGGCGGCAUAUUUUGGACAUGAGGACAUUGUGAAGGAAUUAUUGGAUUCUUUGCUCGGUCCCAGUAAUUUCCAGCGACUCCUGAACUGGAUGCUGGCCAUCUCCUGCCAGCAGGGACACUUGGCGAUAGUUAAAUUCUUAAUCCUCACGUACAAUGCUGACCCCGGGAGCUGCGCAGUAAGGAAGAAUGAGUUUCCAAUUCUUACGAGAUUGCCCCUGUAUGCAGCUAUAAAGGCAGGGAAUGAAGAUAUAGCUGUGUUUUUACUUCAGAACGGGGCUUGUUUUUGUUCUUACAUCCUGAUGGACAGUCCCGAUUCUAGCAAGCACCUUCUGAGGAAAUAUUUCAUAGAAACAGCCUUACUACCUGGUAGCGCUCCAGCAAAAACAGCACUGUCUGUGGGUUGGUCAAAUCUCAAGCUGCCUUGGGUGGAUCUGGACUGGCUGAUUGAUAUCUCAUGUCAGAUAACUGAGCUCGAUCUGUCUGCCAACUGCCUGGCCUCCCUCCCAUCCGUGAUUCCAUGGGGACUGAUAAACCUCAGGAAACUGAACCUAUCUGACAACCAGCUGACCGAACUGCCCAGCGUCCAGUCAUCCGAUGAAAUUAUAUGCACAAGGUUACUUGAGGUGGAUGUGUCCAUCAACAGGCUCUGUAUUCUCCCUUCUGGAUUCCUACAUCUCACAAAACUUCAAAAACUCAUCGCCACCAAAAAUUAUCUGGAAAAGUUAUUUGAUGAGGAAAGUGCAACUAAUUGGAUUGGAUUAAGGAAACUGCAAGAACUUGAUGUCUCUGACAACAGAUUGGUGGAUCUCCCCACACUGUUCCUUUACUGCUUCAAAUCCCUAACCAUCCUCAAUGUUUCCAGAAACAACCUGAAGGUGUUUCCAGACCCCUGGGCCUGCCCCUUGAAAUGUUGUAAAGCAUCUAGAAAUUCAUUGGAGUCCCUCCCGGACACACUGACUGUUUUCUGGAAAAAUCACCUCAGAGAAGUGGAUUUUUCUGAGAACUCACUAAAUGAAGUUCCACAAGGACUUUUCCAACUUGAAGCACUGGUGUCACUGAAGCUUUUGGGAAAUCAGUUAGUUUCGUUGCCUUCUCAAGAUAAGUGGACUUGCAAGCAACUUAAAUCACUGGAUCUUUCUAAGAAUCAGCUUGGGAAGAGUGAGGAGGGGUUUAAAACAAAGCGGAUUUCUUCCUUUUUUACCACAAGAAGCAGAGUGCGUGCAGGCGCGGAGGCAGGUCCCUUCUUGGAGUUUCCGGCAUUCCUGAAUGACUCUCUGGAAGUCCUUUAUCUAAAUGACAAUCAGCUAGACACCGUCCCACAAUCCAUUUGCCUUCUGAAAGGUCUAACAGAGCUUUAUUUAGGGAAUAAUCCUGGUCUCCGAGAGCUCCCUCCAGAGCUUGGACAGCUGGCUAAUCUUUGGCAGCUGGAUAUUGAGGAACUAAAUAUCAGCAACAUUCCUGCAGAGAUCAUAAAAGAGGGCCCUAAAACAAUAUUAGCAUACUUGCGGGCACAGCUGCGCAAAGCAGAGAAAUGCAAGCUGAUGAAGAUGAUUAUUGUCGGUCCUCCACGGCAGGGAAAGUCAACACUAAUAGAGAUCUUGCAGACAGGGAAAGCGCCACAGAUGAUGCACAGUGACGCCACCAUACGGACAACAAAAUGGGAGCUUCAGAAACCAGCUGGACUCAAAGCCAAGAUUGAUUCAGUGGAAUUCAAUGUCUGGGAUAUUGGGGGCCCAGCAAGCAUGUCGACAGUCAAUCAGUGUUUCUUCACGGACAAAGCAUUGUAUGUAGUUGUAUGGAACUUGGCACUAGGGGAAGAAGCUGUUGCAAACCUUCAGUUCUGGUUGCUGAACAUUGAGGCCAAAGCCCCGAAUUCUGUCGUGUUAGUGGUAGGAACACACCUUGACCUUAUUGAAACUAAAUUUCGCGUUGAGAGGAUAGCAACUCUUAGAGCAUAUGUCCUGGCUCUUUGUCGCUCUCCUUCUGGAUCAAGAGCUACUGGCUUUCCAGAUAUCACAUUCAAGCACUUACAUGAGCUAUCAUGUAAGACCCUAGAAGGCCUUGAUGGGCUCCGCCAGCUGAUAUUUCAAGUCACGUGCAACAUGAAGGACGUCGGCAGCUCUAUUUGCUCGCAGAUGCUUGCAGCGAGAUUGAUACCAAGAAGUUACCUUAGUCUCCAAGAAGCCGUUCUAGCAGAACAACAGAAAAGGAGUCAAAAUGAUGAUGUGCAGUAUCUAACAGACAAACAAAUAGAGCAAAUCAUAGAGCAAACUCCUGGAAAUGAUAUCAAAGACUAUGAGGACUUACAAGCUGCCAUCAGUUUCCUUAUAGAAACAGGAACGUUGCUGCAUUUCCCAGACACCAGCCAUGGACUGAGAAACCUCUAUUUCCUUGAUCCAGUCUGGUUAUCAGAAUGUCUUCAGAGAAUAUUUAAUAUUAAGAGCUCAAAGUCUGUUGCUAAGAACGGAUUAAUCAAAGCGGAGGAUUUCAGGAUGUUGUUAGUUGGGACAGGGUUUACUGAACAAACAGAAGAACAGUAUUUCCAGUUCCUGGCCAAGUUUGAAAUUGCACUACCAGUAGCCAAUAACAGCUACCUCCUACCUCAUCUCCUCCCAGCCAAACCAGCAUUAGAUAUCCAUGGCUUAUGCCACCAUUCCACAAACACCGUCCAAAGAGUGUUCAAGAUGAGUUUUGUCCCAGUCGGCUUUUGGCAAAGGUUCAUAGCUCGGAUGUUAAUUAGUCUUGCAGAGAUGGAUCUCCAGCUCUUUGAGAACAAGAAGAACACCAAGACCAGGAACAAAAAUGUGACCAUCUACAGCUUUACAGGCACUCAAAGAAACCGCUGCAGCACAUUCCGAGUCAAAAGAACUCAUACAGUCUACUGGCAGGAAGGUCUGUUUGUCACCUUUGAUGGAGGCUACCUCAGUGUGGAAUCUUCUGAUGUGAACUGGAAAAAGAAAAAAAGUGGUGGAAUUAAAAUCAUUUGCCAAUCAGAAGCGAGAGAUUUUUCAGCAAUGGCUUUCAUCACAGAUCAUGUCAACUCCUUGAUAGAUCAGUGGUUUCCAGCACUGACGGCCACGGAGAGUGAUGGGACUUUGUUAAUGGAACAGUAUGUCCCAUGCCACAUCUGUGCAACUUCUAGGACACAGGAGAAUGAGCCAGCUGAUAAACCGGAAGAUGAGCAGUACUUUAACAUGGAGGAUUGUGUUCUGACUGCUAUAGAACUGGAUUGUAUCACAUGUCCUAGUCAUCCUAACAUCCCAGUUCCUCUACAAGAGCUGGUCCCAGAGCUCUUCAUGACAGAUUUUCCUGCCAGACUAUUUCUGGAAAAUAGUAAACUAGAAUACAGUGAAAAUGAAAACAAUGUUCUUGGCCAGGGUGGAAGUGGAACCAUUAUAUAUCAGGCAAAAUACCAAGGAAAACCAGUGGCAGUGAAGAGAUAUCAGAUUAAGAAAUGCAAGAGUUCUCCUAAUUCGGCUACAGAUACCAUGCUGAAGCACUUGCGAGCUAUGGACGCCAUGAAGAACUUCUCAGAAUUCCGUCAGGAAGCCAGCAUGCUCCACUCCUUGCAACACCCCUGCAUCGUUUCCUUGAUUGGGAUUAGCAUCCAUCCUCUCUGCUUUGCCUUAGAGUUGGCCCCCUUGGGCAGCCUCACGACUGUGUUAUCUGGAAAGUCCAAAGGGGCUUCCUUUGUGCCACUGGGGCAUAUGCUGACCCAGAAAAUAGCAUAUCAGAUUGCAACGGGCCUUGCCUACCUGCAUAAGAAGAACAUCAUAUUCUGUGACCUAAAGUCAGACAAUAUUUUAGUGUGGUCCCUGGACAUUAAAGAGCAUGUCAACAUCAAACUGUCUGACUAUGGGAUUUCUCGGCAGUCAUUCCAUGAAGGAGCUCUUGGAGUGGAAGGCACUCCUGGAUACCAAGCCCCAGAGAUUAGGCCUCGAAUAGUCUAUGAUGAAAAGGUGGACAUGUUCUCCUAUGGAAUGGUCCUAUAUGAACUAUUGUCUGGACAGCGGCCUGUGCUCGGACAACAUCAGCUUCAGAUUGCGAAGAAGCUGUCUAAAGGGAUCCGGCCCAUUCUGGGGCAGCCGGGGGAAGUGCAGUUCCACAGAAUGCAGACGCUCAUGAUGGAAUGUUGGGACACUAAGCCAGAAAAGCGUCCAUUGGCCAUUUCUGUUGUAGGACAGAUGAAAGAUCCUACGUUUUCUACUUUCAUGUACCUGCUGUGUUGUGGGAAGCAGUCUUCCUUCUUUUCUUCCCAAGGCCAAGAAUACACUGUGGUAUUCUGGGAUGGGAAGGAAGACACCAGAAACUACACGGUGGUAAAUACAGAGAAAGGACUCAUAGAAGUGGAGAGAAUGACCUGCCCAGGAAUGAAGUUAUGCUGCCAGUUAAAAGUUCAGAGUGCACUAUGGACUGCCACAGAGGACCAGAAGAUUUAUGUAUAUGGCUUACAAGGCAUGUGUCCUUUAAAUACUCCACAAAAGGGAUUAGACACUCCGGCUACCGUGAGCUGCUUCUUAGCGGUGCCUGUUAUAAAAAAGAACUCCUACCUGGUGUUGGCUGGACUGUCAGAUGGACUUGUGGCAGUUUUUUCAGUGGCACGCGGCCUCCCAGAGGACAGCUGCUCCUACUUGUGCUCACACACUGCAAAUAGGUCCAAGUUCAACAUCUUGGACAGUGACCCCCGGCAGAACCCCUACCCUGUGAAAGCCAUGGAAAUAACAAACAGCGGCGCCGAGGUCUGGUACAGCAAUGGCCCUGGGAUUCUCAUCAUAGACUGCGUGACCAUAGAUAUAAACAGGAGGCUGGAGCCCUACAACCCUCCAUCUGUGAUCACAUCUAUGGCGUGUAACUCGGAGUACCAUGGGGAGGAAGUGAUUUGGUGCCUGGAUGAUAAAACGAACUACCUGGUGAUGUACCAUACUGCAACCUAUCAGCUCUGCGCGCGGUACUUCUGUGGUGACUGCAGCCCUUUAAGAGACAUGUUUACAAUCCAGCAGCCUUCCGCAGGGAUCCCUGCUACAACAGCUGUACACAGGACGGUGCUUGAGAGUAACUCUCUGGCUGACAUGAGCAUUAUCUACAGCCCGGAGCUGGGCACACAAAUAUUAAACCAUCAGGACUCCCUCACAGACUAUUGCUCCGUGUCUUCUUACUCAUCCUCCCCUUCUAACAGAAUAACUAGGUCCUUCUCCAGUCUGCCGAGCUCUCCUGCAAGCUCAUCCAGCGCACCUUUCUCCAUGGAUUGCGAGGAGUCCGACAAGUUUCAUGAACUGAUCCCUUCCCCAGACAGAUCUGAAAAUGAUGCUACACCAACAGAUGAGAACACGUCUCAUCUCCAAGCUGUAAAGAUUCUUCCAGUCAAAGACCUCAUCUGGAUCCCGAGGCGUGGUGGCGACAUCAUAGUUAUCGGGCUGGAGAAGGAAUGUGGCACGCAGCGCGGCAGAGUCAUUGCCGUAUUGAAGGCCGGAGAACUGGCUCCCUAUGGAGCGCUGGUCGAAGCUGCUAUCGUAGCAAGGGACACUGUUGUGUGCUGCUUUGAGAACAAAAACAUGGAAUGGUGCCUUGCUGUCUGGAGGAGCUGGGGUGCCAGAGAGUUUGACAUUUUCUACCAGUCCUAUGAAGAGCUGGGAAGGCUUGAAACCUGCAUGCGAAAAAGAAGGUAG